GGGCAAAAUUAGCUGUAUUCGUUAGUAUUUGCUGUUGUUGAGACAAACUUUUAUUCACUUGUCGCCGUUGCGAGUAAUCACUCAUCUGCAUUAUCUUUAUAUUUACACGAGCUUAGCCACUACAGUUUAGAGUAUAUUAAAAUAGCAAUGUUUUGUUUUGCUGCUGUUUUAAUUAUGUAUUUUUUGUGACUUAAUAUGUACACACUGUCAGUAGCAUAAAUUUUCACACGCAGCCAACUUCAUGUGAGAGCAAAAUGUGCGCGCAGCUAACUUCAAGGUGGUCAAAACGUAAAUAAAGAAUGGUAAACAAUGGAAAACAGCGGCGACAAAGUUUCUGUUUUAGAUGAACAGCUGUUGUCAAACAUAAAAAGCAGUACAGAUAAGACCGAUAAUUAUGGCCAGCAAAUGGAUGUAGAGAAUCUGGAAAUAGAGCUGAAGACUCCCGUCGAAAAUCACGCGGAUGGUCAUGCCGAUCCGCUUCAGGAAACCACUUUAACAUCAAAUUUUGCUUGGCUCUUUAAUGAUGAAGACAUUCUGCUUAAUGAUGAUGAGCAAUUGCCCGAUGUGGUUCUGCUGAAUCCAGGCAAAAGCCGUGCCAAGCGUGGCCGGCCCCCUCACACCAACAACAUCUUUUAUUCAAGUAAUGGUCGUGUCUGGCACUCGGAUAUGCAGGCGCCUCCUCAAGAAGAAUUGAUGGUGCCCAAGCAGAUGGCGUGUGGCAAAGGUCCUGCAGGGAUAGUUACUAAUGCUGUAGAGUCCUGGAUGCUGUUGUUCGACGAUGACAUGCUGCACUUGCUCCUACGCUUGCUCAACGAACGAAUACGCCAGCAGCGCUCGCGAAAUCCUGCGGAGCGCUUUGUAGAUCUCACAGAGCUCCGUUCCUGGCUAGGCUUGAGUUACUUGUGUGGCGUCUUUCGCAAUGCACAAUAUAAUGGACCAUUGGAGGAGCUGUGGACGUUGGAGUUGGGAAAUGCAAUUUUUCGUGCCACAAUGUCGCUGACGCGCUUUGAGUUUAUUGCCAAUUGCCUCAACUUCCAGGGCGAAAGCAGCUGGAGUGAUGCUUUGCGCCUAUGGCAGAAGCUGCUCAUUAACUGUCGGUCCUAUUACGGACCCAGUGGUUGGCUUUGUGUGGAUGAGCAGGCUCACUCGGAGAAUUUAUUUCUGAGCGUAUGUUGCGAUGCCAAGACGCUCUUCAUGACCAAUGCCAUAGUCAAUAAAAAGGAAACGAAGUCCAGCAAGGAGCUGAUGCAGCUAAUCUGUGACUACAAAACCACAGGCCGUAAUAUUACGCUGGGCGCGCGCUACGCCAACGUCAGCCAAUGCGAGCUAUUGCUGGAGUCCAAUUUGAGCAGCCUUUGUGCCCUGCCGUCCUGCUCCCUGGACUAUCCCAAAGCGUGGUCGGGUGGAGCACUGUCAAGCGGCGCUAUGAAACUCACUAUGAAAUCGGGCGUCGCUGUUCUCGCCUGUGGCUUGAAUAGUCAAGUGAAUGCUCUGCAAGCACAGCUGCACACUUCCGACAGCUGUAUUCAUUUCCAUGAGCUUUCUAACAGAUACAGUACCUCAUUUUCGCUUGCGGUUCAAACUAAGCCAGAUGUGUUCCUGCAGCUGCUGCAUUUGAUGCUCAAUGUUUCAGCUGUUAAUGCGUGGAUACUGCUGCGGCUGGCGCCAACUGGCGAUGCUAGCAUAGAUCAACGCGACUUUCAACGUCAGCUGGGACUCUUUUUAACCCAGCAGCGUUUACAGCGGCGCCUGCAUCGGCGAUCGGCGGCCACAAGUCUCGCAAUGCGCUUGCAAAUCUGUGAAAUUUUGGGCCAAUCCAGCCAGCGGCUGCUAAGCGAUGCCGCCAACGAAGCCAAUCAAUCGAAUGGAGUGGGGGUCAUUAGCUUGUCACGUUCUACGCUACCCGAAGGAGUCGCCCUGGUCAGUCGCUAUGGAGACAAGCAUCGUCGCUGCAAGCCUUGCGCUCGUAACAAGCGCGAAAUCAAAGCGAGAUCGCGCUGCCAACAGUGCCAGGCGCAUCGCUGUGGUAAUCAUCUAAUCUCACGGUGCUACGAGUGCAUGGGUCUGACCACAUCACAGGUGCCCGAGGGCAACCUGCGAGACUCUUAAAAAUCAAAAUUAAAUUGCAAAAGCACAGGACAAACAGCUAAAAGCUGCACUAUAUAAUAAUAAUAUUUAUGUGAGAAGC